CCAAUGCAUCCAGCUCCAACCGCCCCUCUCUGACUCGAGCCUGUGUAUUGUCAGAGGUUGUCUGUGUGAAGUCAUUGUUACCAUGGCAUGGAGUUCCAACAGCACCAAACUGGACAACACCACCUUGUCCCUGUUCCAGAAUGUGACAGCCAGUACAGCAAUCUCCAUUGUCUACAUUGUGGUCACCAUCAUCAACCUGGUAGGAAACAGCCUCUCCAUGUGGCUCCUCCUCUUCCAUACGUCUCCCAAAACUCCCUCCAUCAUCUUCAUGAUCAACCUGACCCUGACUGACCUGACCUUGGGCCUCGUCCUGCCCUUCCAGAUCAUGUAUCAGAUGCAAGGGUAUAAUUGGAGCUUGGGCCCGGGCAUGUGCAGGCUCUUAACCCUGGUGUUCUUUGCCAACAUGUACUGCUCAAUUCUAACUAUGACCGCCAUCAGUGGAGAUCGCUACCUGGGCAUCUGCCGGCCCAUGCUCUUCUGUGAGACCAGGGAAAGGAAGUCAUUCGCUGUGAUUGUCUGCUUAGCCAUGUGGACAGUCGUCCUAUUGGUCCUGUACCCACUCACUAUAACCGACCUGACGUUCCAUGUUCCAGAACUCAGGAUUACCACCUGCUUCGAUGUUCUGAAGAGGGACAUGCUUCCAUCCAUGCUGGCCUGGGCUGCCUUCCUCCUUGCACUGUUUGUCAUCCUCUUCCUCAUCCCGUUCUGCAUCACUGUUUUCUGCUACAUCAGCAUCAUCCGCAAGCUGGCCCGAGACUCCAAGACCAAACAGAAGGAUAAGGCUAUUGGUCUCGCGGUCACCGUCCUAACGGUCUUCACGCUCUGCUUCACUCCCAACAACAUCCUCCUCCUGGCUCACACCAUCCGGAGGCUCUUCUACGGGGACUCCCUCUACAUGGCCUACAAGCUGACUCUCUCCCUCAGUUGCUUCAACAGCUGCCUGGACCCCUUCAUCUACUACUUUGCCUCUAGGGAGUUCCGGAAGAAGUUGAGGCAGAUGCUAAGGCUGAGAACACCGAGCAGUCUGGACACGGGGAAGACAGACCUGCACAGAGAGAGCCUGUACUCCGCCCAGUAUGUGUCUGAGGGACAGGGUAGAGAGAACGGCAGAGUGUCUGUUAAACAACACUGUUAAAAAACAGAGAGAGGGCCUCCAGAGUGGCGCAGCGGUCCAAGGCACUGCAUUGCAGUGUUAGAGGCGUCAUUACAGACCCGGGUUCUGGCGCAGCCGGCCGUGACCGGGAGACACAUGAGACGGCGCACAAUUGGCCAAGUGUCGUCCAGGUUAGGGGAGGGUUUGGCCGGCCGGGAUGUCUUUGUCCCAUUACACUCUAGCGACUCCUUGUGGUGGGCCAGGCGCAUACACGUUCCUCUGACAGAUUGGUGCAGCUGGCUUCCGGGUUAAGCGAGCAGUGUGUCAAGAAACAGUGUGGCUUUGCAGGGUUGUGUUUCAGAGGACGAAUGAAUCUUGACCUUCACCUUUCCCGAGUCUGCAUGGGAGUUGCAGUAGGACUAGACUGUAACUACAAAUUGGGGAGAAAAGGGGGUAAAAAUUACAACAACAAAAACUGAGAAACAUUCCUGUUCAGAUAAUUUCACAGGAAUGUUUUUGUGUGCUGUAUAUAGACCCAGUAACAAACCAGGCUAGAUGGUGCAUCACAAAGUUAGUAAAAUAGGGUAAUUUAUUUUGUGAAGGACUGUUGCAACUUCCAUAAAGAUAUCAAUGAGAUGUGUGUGGCUAAGUGAAAGCUAGGCUCCUUUUACCGCAAAUGUGAUCUCUGCUUCCUGCCAAUUCGGGCGGAUUCAUUGUUUCAUUGUGUGAAUUAUUAAACAUACCUACUGGGGUAAUUUAAACAACAUUACAUUGAACCAAUGUGGAAUAGACAAUGAAUUGAUUUCUCUGCCCAGUGGGCACCUUUGUUAAAUGUUUAUCCAUUCCCCACCAAUUAUAUCACCAGUAAUGAAUUUAAUGUUAAUCUCCGUCAUCUAGAAUGUUAGGGUGUUUAAAUCACGAAAUUCUAUUCAUUCAUGAAAUAAAUAUUAAUUUACCAUUCUCAUUCUCUGAGAUUUUGAUGUCAUUUUCCCAAUGUGGAACAUUGGAACACUCCAUAAGUAAAUAUAUUUUAAAAGUUAUAAUAAUUGCACUUGUCUUUUCCUACUAGCACUGACUUAGCUGAUUAACAUCUUAUUGAGGAAUUUCCUUUUUACUAUGACUGUGAUAUAUGGUCGUCCCAUCGGGCUAUCUUAAGAUAAAUGUAGUGUAAGUCGCUCUGGAUAUGAGUGUCUGCUAAAUGAGUAAAAUGUAAAAAUGUAAACAUCUGAGCGUGCAUAGAAAGAGAACUUUAUGGCCUGUGUGCUACAAUUGGGUUCAGUACUAUGAAAAGUGUUGAAUUUAGGAACUGUGAUAAAAUGUUGAGAUUGUCUUAUUUAGAUGCAUUCACCAAUGUAAUGAUGGAUAUGGGAAUUGCCUUUGUAAGUGCAUAUGUAUCGGUUUGAGGUCCUGUGAUUCAGAUUCCUUUUGGUUUCUUGGCAUGGACACGGGUAGCCUUUGCCGGCCGAGAGUACUUAGCUCUUCUAAACAGAGUUCCAGUAGUAAUUUGCAAACCUAGCACAAACCGAUUCUACAUGUAGAAAUGGCCGAAAAUAUCGGCAGUCAGACCCCCACAGGUGGGUGGUCCCGAAAACACACCACGCGGUCAGCGAGCGAAGAAACAGCAGAUGAGGGGUCUUGAAAACCUGUGUCUGUUCAGAUGCUACAGGUUGAGCCUGAUUUAGAGGUUAUAUAUAUUGAAAAUCUAAACAACAAUAUCUAGAAAACAAUUGAUCCAGAUGAUUAGAAAAAUUAUAGGCCCAUCUCAAACCUCCCUUUGCUUUCAAAGAUUCUAGAGAAAACUGUUCCUCAGCAGCUUUCCUUCUUCCAACAGCACCACCAUGAGGCCAAACACAAGAAUACUCCACAGCCCUCAUACUCAACUCCAAAGCUUGAAGCCAGUUCCACUGCAUUUUUUCAUUGUUCCCCUCUAAAAAGGGACUGAUAUAUAUAUGGGACACCAGGUGGGUAAAAUGAAUUAUCAGGAAGAACAGAAAACCAGCAGGCUCCGGAACUCAUAGUGUAAGAGUUGAAUACCCCUGCUCUACAGGUUAGCUAGACUCACAUUCCUGAGAAUGUAUGCCAAAUUCCAUAACUCAGAGUCAAACAGAUCAAGAGAUAUUAAUAGGUGCCUGUUAUAGACCCACCAUGUGGUUGAUCAGAAUAUUUUUUUGCAUAUAUUGAGUCUUGACAGAGUUCUGAAUAUUUGUAUCAAGAUUUGUUACAAUAUGAAUAACCAUGUCUGAUUUAUAUGCAUUGAUUUGCUUGAUAUUUUCUAUUACAUGGCGCCUUCACUGUUGGAUCACCAUGAAAGACCUGUAAAUAAAGUCUACACCUUGA